AUGUCGAAUCGCUUCUCAGUCUACUCCACCCAGUCGGCUGGGAUGCCGGGCGCUCGUCCGACCCCUCAGUCCGGCGGUCAAAUGUCAACGACAACCUUGUUAAAUGCGUUGCACGCCUAUUACAAUUCGGGGCAACCGUAUCAGCUCGACGCGGGCACCAGUUUGGCCGUCAAUACUUGGGUUACUGCUACUCAACCCACUCCGGAUGGUCACGAGGGUGGCAUCAUUGAUCGGGAAUUGCCUGUCCGAGCAUGGGAACAUGCGAGGAGAAGAGCAGAGGAUGGCUGUAUCGUCUUAAGCUCGACCCAUCAGUCAACCCCAUCUCUUCUAGAGCCUUUCCUCACCGCAUUGCCUCUUUCCACACCCAGUAUCACUUUCACCGCACUCGCCGCGCUCCGACCUUUCUUCUCCGCCGUCACAUCCUUCAAUCCGUCCUACUCCCUCUACUCCGCCUUCUCCGCUUGCUACACCUUGACGCUGAAGGGCGAUAUCACGGGGCUUUCUCUGGCGCUCUCGACCUCGGGUAUCAAUGUGCAAAAGGGCUUCCUCGACAUCCCCUCUGAGCCGGGGUAUCGUGCAUUCGAUGUGUUUUAUUAUCUUCUAACCGCGGCCUCGACGCCAGCAGAGCGAGAGUUCCUGGAUCUGAAGGAGCCCUCCGCGUAUGCGUUGCUCAGUAAAUCGGGCACGUACUCGCCUCCCUCGUAUCUCCCCACCGCUGACGAUGCCGCCUCCGCCGAGGAUUUCCGCGCUGCGCUGAAGGCAAUUGGUAUCAAAGGAGCCGCUCAGCGAGGCCUGCUCUCGGUGCUUGCCGGUCUGCUGAAGUUGGGGAAUGCGGCGGGCUUUUUGGUGGAUCAGGAGGAUCUCGAGGAAGCCUGCGAGGAUGUCGGGGGCUUGCUGGGACUGGAUCCGGAAGUCCUCCUGCAAAAAUGCUCGACCGAUGACCGGGGCUUUCUCAUAUCUGGCGUCUACGAAGCCUUGGUUGACUGGGUCAUCGGCAAAGCCAACGAGGCGAUUGCGAAUGAGAUCCAGUCGAUUCAUGAAAAUGACCCCAGUAGCAGUGGCGCCUCGGGUCGGGGUGGCCACACUUCCGACGACGACACCGUAAGCAUCACCGUUGUGGACAUCCCCAGGCCUGCACUUGGUAAGGCUGUGGCAAUGAGAGGCGUGUUCGAUGAUAACCUGGGUAUCAACGCUGAAAUGAAAGAGGAUGGAGUUCAAACUCCAUUCGUUGGACACGCUGUGUUGAAUGAAACGACCGCUGCCGUGUCUCAGGUCGAAGCGGAUCUAGGAAUCACAAUCGGAGCCGCGUGGCGCGAACGCGAGUACGAAAUGGACAAGCGACAGGAGGUCUUGGAGAAGGUGAGUCUAGAGGUCGAGGCGGACGCUUUUCUCCGCCAGAUCCUUCUACCCGUGGAAUCCGAGGGCAUCACUGUCGGCCAGAGGGGACGGUUCGACCUUGCGACCGUGCUGGGCAGCAGUCGCGUUUGGCAUCACAUCUCCAUUCAUCCAACCGAUGACUUGCCCGAGGCUUUGGCCUCGCUCCCCUCUUCUGCGGCCUGGACUGCGGGCACGGUAUCGCGUCAGAUUCGCGAGUGGCGACUGAGCGAAUGGGCCAACCGGCGUCUCAAGCAGCUUGAUUUCACAGCCGAUUUCGACGUGGACGAGUUUAUUGGCAGAUACGCCAGACUUGGUUGCGCCGAGGGAAAGGAUGGCGUCGAGAACUGGCUCCUCGAGAGAGGCUGGACCAACGGGGACGCCGUCGUCGGCCACCAACGGAUCUGGAUGAGGGAGAACGCGUGGUGGGAAGCUGAAACUAUGCUUGAUAUGAAACCGGACGAGUCGCCGGCAGUCAACCCGUUUAUGUACGGCUCUGGCAUGCUUGACGCUGGUGUUCCUUCGUAUGCAAACACACCGAUGGCCGAGUCCACCAGCCUACUCGGCAGCCGGGACAAUCUGUUGCAGCGACAAAGCAUGCUCGCUCCCAGUGUUGGCGGCGGCGCCAAAUCGAUUGCACCUAGCGCGGCGCAAACGCUUAACAUGGGCGGUGACUACGGAUUGGGCUCCAAAGGCGAUGAAAAGAAAUGGGACAACCCGUACUAUAACGGCGAACUGGACCCCGAAUUCGGCCAGCCACACCAUAUUGAGCAUCAAGAGAUGACGCUUGGUCGGCGUGUCUGGGUCGGAUUUGUCUGGGCUAUGACGUUCUGGAUUCCGUCGUUUGUCCUCAGAUACGUCGGCCGAAUGAAGCGGCCUGAUGUGCGCAUGGCAUGGCGAGAGAAAUUGGUGCUCGUUUUCCUCAUCCUCCUUUUUAACGCAGCUGUCUGCUUCUAUAUCAUGGCGUUUGGUGAUCUGCUUUGCCCGAAUAAGGACAAGGCCUGGAACGAGAAAGAACUGGGCUAUCAUCAGGGCAGCAAUGACUUUUACGUCAGUAUUCACGGCAAGGUCUACGACAUCAGCAAAUUUGCGAAGACACAGCACAGUGAUUCCAACAUCGAAACUACCUCGUCGAACAUGGAGCCUUUCAUGGGACAGAUCAUGGACCCGUACUUUCCUCCUCCGCUGACGCGUUUCUGUGAUCCAUUCGUGACCGAUCAGUCAAUCAGCCUGCAAUACAACAAGACCGACGCCGUCCAGUACGCUAACGCCAAGCACGACUGCGGCCCCCGCAAUCAGCCGGACCCGGACACCAAAUUGCACGACAUCACUUGGUACGAGAAGAGGUUCUUGCCCAAGAUCAAGGAAUACUACAAGGGAGACCUGGUCUGGAAGAAGAGCACUGUCUCCAAACAAGCCGACUCCGAUCAACGGUAUUGGGUGAUCAAGGACAAGAACAUCUACGACCUGACGGAUUACUUUUACACCCUGAAACGCAUGAACAAUGGCGACGAUUACAGCUUCCUACCGAACAGCAUCACGGAAUUGUUCAAGAACAAUCCCGGCGAAGAUGUCACGGACAAAUGGCCAACGUCGACUGAAGCGGAUCAAGCUCAAAAGUGUCUUGACUAUGUCUUCAAAAAGGGGAUCACGGACUUCCGUGACGAGCCGAAGUGUACAGUCAAUAACUGGAUCCUGUUGUCGUUCACCUGUUUGAUCUGCGCUGUCGUCCUGGUCAAAUUCCUUGCUGCCCUUCAGCUUGGGACCAAACGUCGGCCCGCGCCGCAGGACAAGUUUGUCAUCUGCCUUGUGCCUGCUUACACGGAAGGUGAGGAUGCGCUGCGCCAGGGCCUUGACUCUUUGACGGCCCUCCAGUAUGACAACAAGAGGAAGCUCAUCUACGUGAUCUGUGAUGGUAUGAUUGUCGGUGGCGGUAACGACCGCCCCACGCCCAAGAUCGUGCUGGAUAUUCUCGGAGUUGAUCCCAAGAUCGACCCUCCGGCCUUGCCUUUCAAGUCCAUUGGACAGGGUAGUGACCAACUGAACUACGGCAAAGUCUACUCCGGCUUGUAUGAGUACGAAGGAAACGUCGUGCCGUACAUUGUUGUGGUCAAGGUUGGAAAGGAGUCCGAACAGAGCAAGUCCAAGCCCGGUAACCGGGGUAAGCGUGACUCUCAGAUCCAGAUCCUCAGCUUCCUCAAUCGCGUGCACCACCGUGCUCCGAUGUCGCCUCUCGAACUGGAGAUUUUCCACCAGAUUAACAACGUAAUCGGUGUCGACCCCGAGCUGUAUGAAUACUGUCUCAUGGUAGAUGCGGAUACCAGUGUUCGCGAAGAUUCGCUCAACCGUUUAGUGGCUGCCUGCGCCAACGAUGCCCGCAUUGCUGGUAUUUGCGGUGAGACCAGUCUUCAGAACGAGGGACGCAGCUGGUGGACGAUGAUUCAGGUUUACGAGUACUACAUCUCUCACCACUUGGCCAAAGCAUUCGAAUCUCUUUUCGGCAGUGUGACCUGUCUUCCUGGAUGUUUCUGCAUGUACCGUCUUCGAACCGCGGACAAGGGUCGCCCUCUUAUCGUUGCGGACAAACUGGUUCAAGAGUAUGCCGAUAUCAACGUGGACACGCUGCAUAAGAAGAACCUACUCUCGCUGGGAGAGGAUCGUUAUCUAACCACGUUGAUGACGAAGCACUUCCCGACCAUGUCUUAUAAGUUUAUCCCGGAUGCCUAUGCAAGUACUGCGGCGCCAGAGGAAUGGAGCGUCUUGCUCUCGCAGCGACGUCGUUGGAUCAACUCGACGGUGCACAACCUGGUGGAAUUGGCCGCCCUGAAAGAUCUCUGCGGUUUCUGCUGUUUCAGUAUGCGUUUCGUCGUGCUGGUCGACCUGAUCGGAACCGUGAUUCUUCCGGCGACGUGCGUCUACCUGGGAUACCUGAUCUACCGCGUGGCCAGGGGUGGCCCGUUGCCAGUGAUUUCCAUCGCUAUUCUGGCCGGUGUGUAUGGUCUUCAGGCUAUCAUUUUCAUUUUGAAGCGACAGUGGCAGCACAUCGGAUGGAUGAUCAUCUACAUCUGUGCCUAUCCAGUUUACAGUUUCAUCCUGCCCCUGUACUCGUUCUGGAAGCAGGACGACUUCAGUUGGGGAAGCACGCGUGUGGUCAUCGGAGAGAAGGGAUCCAAGCGGGUUGUCGCCGUGGAGGACGAGCCGUUUGACCCGCGCAGCAUUCCACUGCAGCGCUGGGACGACUACGCUCUUGCGAACAACCUCCCGGGCCGCCGUGGAGAUUACGGCAUGAGCCAGGAGAAGGUGUACAACGGGGUGUACCGAGAUGACAUGGCCAUGGAGAUGGAUGACAUGCAUUCCCAGUACUCGUCCGUCAAGCCGGCUUCUACGAUCCUGACGGGAUUCCACGGACAGGGCCGUAGCGGUAACCCCUACAUGCCGCCGCAGUCGCCGGCUCCGUUCGGCGGCAACAUGCCCGGCAACCGCAGCUCGCACAUGUCCAGCUUCAGCCGAUACACCGACAUGCCACUUCAGGGUCACCAUACGCCCCGACAAUCGAUGGGCAAUCUCAGUCAGUUCAACGAUGGUGGCAUGAGCACGAACCGACAUAGCGUUGGGCUGAUGCAGAGCACGGACAAUCUGUUGGGUGCUCGACCGCACUCGCGCAGCCCGGUGGGCGGCGGGUUCCAGUCGAGACCGCAGAGCGCAUUUGACUUCCGAGGCAGCACGGGCGGGCCUGACGAGAUGGCGAUCACAGAUGCCAUCCGGGGAACAUUGGCGGAGGUGGAUUUGGACACGGUAACGAAGAAGCAAGUUCGUGCACUGGUUGAGCAGCGACUUCAGACGACGUUGACUGGCGACAAGCGGGCGUUCCUGGAUCGCCAGAUUGAUCAAGAGCUGGCCAGUAUGUAG